AAAAUUAUGACCCUUUCUAUUUCCCACUUGCAUUUCUCCUUUCUCCCUCCCGUUGGAUGCAGCUAAGCUCAAUAACUAUUAAAACCCAAAAAAGGGAAAAUAAUUUUCAGAUCCAAGAUCUGGACUUCCGACACUAAUUGCUGCUGCCUUCCUUCUUAUCUCAUCUGAUCUGAGGAUCAUAUUCUUUUGAACUAUCAAUCAUGCAAAGGAGGCAGCCUACUACCACACGCCGCAAUGGAAGCUUUCCAUUUGCUGGGGCCCUGAAUUCCAAAUCAAAAUCGUCUCCCUUGUUAUCUAUAUGCCUUGUCCUUUUGGGCGCUGUUCUUCUACUUGUCUAUGCUUUUAGUGGCCCAGGUUUAUUUGGAGGCACCAAGAUAGUCAGCAAGAUUGAAGGUGAUUUUUCGUGUACAUUGGAGUUGCAAAGAGCAAUACCCAUAUUAAAGAAAGCAUAUGGCGAUAGCAUGCGCAAAGUUUUGCAUGUUGGUCCCGAUACCUGCUCUGUGGUAUCUAAGCUGUUGAAAGAAGGCGAAACAGAAGCCUGGGGCAUAGAACCAUACGACAUAGAGGAUGCUGAUAGAAACUGCAAAUCACUUGUGAACAAAGGCAUUGUACGCGUUGCAGAUAUCAAGUUCCCUCUACCCUAUAGGGCAAAGUCCUUUUCUCACGUUAUUGUGUCAGAUGCAUUGGAUUACCUAUCCCCCAAAUACCUGAACAAAACACUUCCAGAAUUUGCAAGGGUUUCUGCUGAUGGUCUUAUUAUCUUUACUGGUUCCCCUGGUCAGCAGAAAGCAAAAGUAAACGAGUUAACGAAGUUUGGACGGCCGGCGAAAAUGCGGAGCUCGUCUUGGUGGAUUCGAUUUUUUGUCCAAACAAGCUUAGAAGAGGACGAGGCGUCUGCCAAGAAAUUUAAGCAAGCAGCAUCCAAGCAGUCUUACAAGCCUGCCUGCCAAGUUUUCCAUCUCAAUUCAUACCAUUGAUAUCAAAUCAUAAGAUAUGAAAUUAUUUUCUUACACUUUCUUUUUGUCUCCUUUUCUUGUCAUUCUUAUGUUAAAUAAACAUAAGAGAAGCUGGGGAGGUGGAGAAUCAGCAAUUGAUGUACGCUUCUUUUCUUUUUCUUCUUUUGGUGAUGGGGUUGGGGGAAUAUCAUUGCCACAAAAUUGUCUACCGCAGGAGAUUUUAGUGUUCUCAAGUUCUUAUGUUACAAUAUAUUAAUUAUUUUUAUUUAAUGAGAUAAAUACAACUGAUCUUCUUUUUAGUA